CUUCGCUCCACUUCUCCAUCCACUCUUCCAUCGUCAUCAACUGCUGCCACCUUAUUCAUUGUCUUACAGCCUUGUUCUCGCGCCUGCUCUACCUUAACUAACAGCGCUAAGCUCCGGUACUUGCUAGGAACCCACCAUCUGAUUCACAAGACUCCGUUUCACAGCCCCUACUCUCCCCGCGAUGGAGAACCAGAAGAUCUCCGACUUCCUGGCGGACCAGCUUCAGCAAGCUCCCGAACAAUGCCAGGCCUACUUCCUCACCUUCGAAGAUUACUGGGAGCGGAAAUUAUGGCACCAGCUUACCGACUCCUUAAUUGAAUUCUUUCGCCUUUCAGAGAGCGCCCCGCAGCGGUUACCGAUAUUCAAGACCUUCGUGCUCAGCUUCGCCGACAAGAUCAACCAGCUGAAAUUCGUCUCGUUGGGGUUGAUGGCAUCGACAGAAUGUGCAGAUGACAAAGAACGCCUCUCUUUCCUCACAUCCCUCGCCGACAAGGUGAACAAGCCCGACACACAAGAAGCUUACAUAUAUGCCCUUGGUGACGUCGCCAAUGUCAAGCAACGGCUCAACGACUUGGAUGGAGCACAGAAAGACCUGGAAACGUGUCAGAAGGUCCUGGAUAAUUUCGACUCGGUCGAGACCGUUGUCCAUGCCUCCUUCUAUAAAGUCAACGCUGACUAUUACCAUAAAAAACAAGAAUUCGCCUCAUUCUAUAAGAACGCCCUCCUCUACCUCGCCUGCAUCAACCUAGAGGAUCUUAGCGAAUCCGAGCGUGUCUCUCGCGCGUACAAUCUUAGUGUCGCAGCCCUCGUCUCCGACUCUAUCUACAACUUUGGUGAACUACUUCUGCAUCCAAUUCUGGACUCCCUCACCGAGACCCCCCACAACUGGCUCCGCGACCUCCUCUUCGCCUUCAACCGCGGCGACCUCACUGCCUAUGACGUCCUGGCCGGCAACAUCUCCAAGAACCAGCUCCUAGAACAACAUCGUUUCUUCCUCUACCAGAAGAUCUCCCUCUCGGCCCUCACGGAGAUGGUCUUCCGCAGACCCCCGCAUGACCGGAACCUGACCUUCGCGGCCAUCUCAUCCGAGACGAAGGUGAAGCCCGAGGAGAUCGAACACUUGAUCAUGAAGGCUCUGUCUUUGGGUUUGCUGAAGGGCGCCAUCGACCAGGUGGCUGGAGUCGCGCAGAUCAACUGGGUGCAGCCGAAGGUUCUGGACAUGACCCAGAUUGAAGGCAUGCGGAAUAGACUGAAGGACUGGGACGCAGGCGUCAACCAACUGGGUCACUGGAUCGAGGGUGUUGGUAAGGAUGUGUGGGCUGCAUGAGCUAUGUUCGAUUAUCAUUUCUCCUGAUCAUAUUCUGAACGUAAAAGAGUAGCACUUGGGGGAUAUAUGUACGAGUGAAUAUUAGACUUAACACCCAUAAUUGAAACGUAUGAAAUCAUGCAGAAUUUUCACCUCCGACUUCCUCACUUCCACACCUCAAAUCAUACAUCUACCAUCCAACCAUCCACAACUCCAUCCCCAGAACAAACCAACCCAACCCAAACCAAAAACAAUGGACGAAGACCCAGAAAUCACCCUCCCAAAACUCACCUCCCAACUAACCACCACCCCCCAAGCCUUCCCAACCUGCUGCCUCUCAAUCUCCACCCCCCUCCUCGAAACCCUCACAAGCCUCCUCCCCAAGAAACCAGACUACACCGUCUCAAUCGGCAGCGGCAGCGGCCUCCUCGAAGCCCUGCUAACGCACACCAACGCCUCGCUCCAAAUCGAAGGCGUCGAAGUAAACCCCGCCGUGAACCGCUACAUCGCCGAACAAGACAUGCACGUUGUCACUGGGACGUGGGAUCUGCUGGCGUCGCGCGUGCCCGGCGCGAAGGCAUGGAUGUUUGUCUAUCCGCGCGAGCCGAAGCUGGUGGACAGGUAUAUUGAGGCUUUUGGGAAGGAGGGGGUGGUGGAGGUGAUUUUGUGGUUGGGGCCCAGGGCGGAUUGGGCGGAUUAUGUGGGGUGUUUGGAUGGGAGGGGGUUUGGGGUUGAGAGGGUUGUGGGUUGUGAGGGCGGGUUGGAG